UUUGUCUCCCUUUGUUAAUCUUUAUCUGCAUUUAUACUUUCACUGCAAACUAUAGUAUUCUUGAGUAACACGCAUUGCAUUUUGCUCGCAAUUAAUAUAUGCAUCUUUAAAAUAUGAUUAGAAUUUUAUCAGCUAAAAUAUCCAAAUAAGAAUUUGGUAUUUGUUAAUAAGGCGAGGAUAAUAUCAACGAAGGUGUGGUGAUAAGUGAAGUGAGCAACCAAGCGAGCUUACUCACCCGGCCUUAAUUGUAUAGAGUUCAGAACUUACUUGAAUGCAGAGCGAAAAACAGUGAAGGAAAUACUCCAGGAUCUUCAGAAGUUCCGAGGCCAUGAUAUAAUGGAGCAAGGGAACUAGGAUGAGGUAUCAGAUUCUAAAAUAACAAAGUAAGAAGAAAAAACUGUUCCUAUGGGUUCUCCUCCUCAUGCAAAAAAUCAAAACAACCGGCUGCUAAAUUUUGUAUCUGCACAAUCAACUAAUAAUGACUAUUUCGACGAUGAUUAUCUCUCCUUGGACACUGGAUCUUCUCAUACUGUCAUUGAUGGUGAUGACAAUAUAAGACCUCCUUUCUCAUGGAAGAAGCUGUGGCAAUUCACGGGCCCGGGUUUUCUAAUGAGCAUUUCAUUUCUUGAUCCUGGAAAUUUGGAGGGAGAUUUACAAGCAGGUGCAAUUGCAGGGUACUCAUUGUUAUGGUUGUUGUUAUGGGCUAUGGUGAUGGGAUUGUUGAUUCAGCUUUUAUCGGCCAGGAUUGGGGUGGUCACGGGGAAGCACAUGGCUGAGAUAUGUAGAGAUGAGUAUCCGAGAUGGGCUAGCUUCUUGUUAUGGUGCAUGGCCGAGUUGGCUUUGAUUAGUGCUGAUAUCCAAGAGGUUAUUGGGAGUGCUAUUGCUAUUAAUAUUCUUAGUAAUGGUGUAGUUCCUCUCUGGGCUGGUGUUAUUAUUACAGCUUCUGACUGUUUCUUGUUUCUGUUUCUUGAGAACUAUGGAGUGCGGAAACUAGAAGCUGUCUUUGCUGUUCUUAUUGCAACUAUGGCCUUAUCGUUUGCUUGGAUGUUUGCUGAUACAAAACCCGAUGCAAAGCAACUACUAAUUGGUCUUUUGGUUCCAAAACUCAGACGAAAAACAAUCCAGCAAGCUGUUGGAGUUGUUGGCUGCGUGAUAACGCCUCACAAUGUAUUCUUGUACUCUGCUCUAGUGCAAUCAAGAAAAGUAGAUCCAACCAAGAAAGGCCGUGUCCAAGAGGCUCUCUAUUACUACACAAUUGAAUCAUCCAUCGCGGUUUUUGUGACCUUUAUGAUCAAUUUAUGUGUAACAACUGUAUUUGCUAAAGGAUUCUAUAAUACCAAGGAAGCCAAUAGUUUGGGGCUACUGAAUGCAGGGCAGUAUCUUCAAGAGAGGUAUGGUGGAGGCUUAUUCCCAAUCCUCUAUAUAUGGGGAAUCGGCUUAUUGGCUGCGGGCCAAAGUAGCACCUUAACUGGAACAUACGCAGGACAGUUUAUAAUGGGAGGUUUUCUUGAUCUGCGUAUGAAAAAAUGGCUAAGAUCUUUAAUAACCAGAAGCUGUGCUAUCGUUCCAACUAUUAUUGUCGCUGUUGUUUAUAAUAGGUCUGAUGCCUCGCUUGAUAAUCUGAACGAAUGGCUUAACGUCCUUCAAGGUAUGCAAAUUCCUUUCGCCCUCAUCCCACUUCUUGUACUUGUAGCUGAUGAGCAGCUCAUGGGAGUUUUCAGAAUUGGACCGCAUUAUGCAGGGAUUAUGUGGAUCGUGGCAGCCCUGGUAACCGCGAUUAAUGGAUAUGUUCUGGUAGAUUUUUUUUCCUCAGAGGUCAAGGGGCUGGUGUUUGGAUCUUUGGUUUGCAGUGUGAUUGUUGCUUAUGCUGCAUUUAUAUUGUAUUUGAUUUCUUAUGGAAAUGCAUGGUUCAGCAGAUUUGGCUUCAAGAGAUUAGUUUAGGAUGCUCUAUGAACCAACAUACACUUUUGGAGUUUUGGUUGCAUGAAUCACACUACUGAUUGUGAUGGAUUUGUCAUUGAUAUUAUUUAAUAUAUAUGUCGCUCCAUAUUCUUUUUUCAA